AACAAAACCACCGAUGUCGCAGCAAGGUCAAAUUCCGAUAAACCCCCUGGUUCCUCAGCAGAACCCAAUGCCACCAAUUCCUAUGCAGGUUCCCAUGCAUAUGCACAUGCAGAUGCAGAUGCCCAACAUGCCCAUGCCCAUACCCAUCCCCAUGCAGAUGCAGAUGCCCUUUCACAUGCCGCUUCAGAUUCCCUAUACCGUCCAAGACUCCGCCGGAAAUCCCGCCUCCGGAAAGCGCCGCCGCGAGGAUGAGGCUCCGGGAACCGCCGCGGCGGCGGAGCAGUCAGCGGCCAAGCGCGUAAAGGGGCAGGACGUGAUAUUCAGGAUCGUCGUGCCGUCGCGGCAGAUCGGUAAGGUUAUCGGGAAGGAAGGUUGCCGCAUACAGAGGAUUCGAGAAGAGACCAAGGCCACCAUCAAAAUCGCCGACGCUAUCGCCAGACAUGAAGAGCGUGUUAUCAUUAUUAGUUCUAAAGACAAUGAUGAAAAGGUUACCGAUGCAGAGAAAGCUCUAGAGCAAAUAGCCAAUUUAAUUUUAAAGGAAGAUGAUAGCAGUCUCGAUGCAUCAAAAGUCACUGCAGGACAUGUGGCUGCCAAUACAAUAAGACUUUUAAUUGCUGGGUCCCAGGCAGGUGGAUUGAUUGGUAUGUCUGGUCAAAACAUUGAGAAGUUGAGGAACUCUUCUGGUGCCACAAUUACAGUUCUUGCACCAAAUCAGUUGCCUUUAUGUGCUUCUGCCCAUGAAUCUGAUAGAGUGGUACAGUUAUCCGGAGAUGUUCCUGCUGUAAUGAAGGCUUUGGAGGAGAUAGGUUUUCAGUUAAGGGAAAAUCCCCCAAGACAAGUGAUUUCAAUCAGCCCAACAUACAAUUAUGCUGCAAUUCGACCAUCUCAACCAUAUCUUGACCCAACUUCAGUUGAUUAUGUUACAUUCGAGAUGCUGAUUUCGGAAACAAUGGUUGGUGGGUUGAUCGGCAGGUGUGGCUCAAACAUAUCAAGGAUCAGAAAUGAGUCUGGAGCAAUGAUCAAGGUUUAUGGUGGAAAAGGUGAACAGAAGCAUAGGCAAAUUCAAUUUGGUGGUAGUGCACAACAGGUAGCGUUGGCAAAACAGAGAGUUGAUGAAUAUAUAUACUCUCAGUUGAUACAACAGACUGGCAACCAACAAUCAGCUUUCCAGAGAUGACAAAAACAGGAACGCCAAAAUCUCUUGUUCCUGUCUGUCAGUCCUCAGCUAUGAGUCCAGCUGUGUUGCUUCACCUUGUUUGCUUGUUUGUUUCAGUAAGAUGUUGACUUAGUUAGGUAGCGUUUGUUUGCCAUAUUUUUGUAGUGGAUAUUGACUUACUGAUGUUGAAAUUUCUCUCAGCUUGUACCGUAUGAACUAUUUUAAUAUAGUUGAAGUUAUAUUAUUUUCUUGUCACCAAAAUAUGGAUGCUU